GCUGGGGCUGGAGGGGCUGGAGCAUCAACGCGAGUAGCUGCGAGCAGCCGCGGCAGCGGCUGCGCGUAGUUGCAGUUGCGCCAUCUGUCAGGAGCGGAGCCGGCGGGGAGGGGGCUGCCGCGGGAGAGGAGGAGGGGUCGCCGCGAGCCGAAGGCCGUCGAGACCCGACCGCCGACCGGCCGCGGGAGCAGAGGAGAGGCUGCACUCGGAGCCGCGCGUCCACCGCCGUCCGGGCGCGCGGCGCUUCAAGCCGAGCACCGAGGGCUUCCCAGGCUCACACAAAGCCGCCGCCCGCGCCUGGGAGGGAUCCGGCCGCCGGGCCGGGGACACCCGGCGCCGCCCCCUGGGCACUCUCAGAAGGCCCACCGGCUCCCGGGCCCGCCGAGGAACCACCGGAGCCGCUUCGGCCGCGCCGGAGGAGGGCGGGGAGAGGACCAUGUGAAUGGGCUCCGGAGCCUGAGCGCAGCGCAGUUUUUUGAAGAAGAAGGAUGCUGAUCUAGACGUGGAAAAAGACCAGUCCAGCAGCUGUAUUAGAAGACAUGUGGUAUAUAUAAAGUUUGUGAUCGUUGGGGGAAAUUUUGGGAGCUUCAAGAUGGCGGAAGAGUAAGAUGCGGAGAUCACCUUCCUCCCCACAGAUACAUCAGAAAUACAUCUACAUGUGGAACAACUCCUACAGAACACCUACUGAACGCUGGCAGAAGACCUCAGACCUCCCAAAAGGAGUUUAGAUAAUGGGCUGUGUGCAAUGUAAGGAUAAAGAAGCAACAAAACUGACGGAGGAGAGGGAUGGCAGCCUGAACCAGAGCUCCGGGUACCGCUAUGGCACAGACCCCACUCCUCAGCACUACCCCAGCUUCGGCGUGACCUCCAUCCCAAACUACAACAACUUCCACGCAGCCGGGGGCCAAGGACUCACCGUCUUUGGGGGUGUGAACUCUUCGUCUCAUACUGGGACCUUGCGAACGAGAGGAGGAACAGGAGUGACCCUGUUUGUGGCCCUGUACGAUUAUGAAGCACGGACGGAAGAUGACCUGAGUUUUCACAAAGGAGAAAAAUUUCAAAUAUUGAACAGCUCGGAAGGAGAUUGGUGGGAAGCACGCUCCUUGACAACUGGAGAGACUGGUUACAUUCCCAGCAAUUAUGUGGCUCCAGUUGACUCCAUCCAGGCAGAAGAGUGGUACUUUGGAAAACUUGGCCGAAAAGAUGCUGAGCGACAGCUUUUGUCCUUUGGAAACCCAAGAGGUACCUUUCUUAUCCGUGAGAGUGAAACCACCAAAGGUGCCUAUUCACUUUCUAUUCGUGACUGGGAUGAUAUGAAAGGAGACCAUGUCAAACAUUAUAAAAUUCGCAAACUUGACAACGGUGGAUACUAUAUUACCACCCGGGCCCAGUUUGAAACACUUCAGCAGCUUGUACAACAUUACUCAGAGAGAGCCGCAGGCCUCUGCUGCCGCCUAGUAGUUCCCUGUCACAAAGGGAUGCCAAGGCUUACCGAUCUAUCUGUCAAAACCAAAGAUGUCUGGGAAAUCCCUCGAGAAUCCCUGCAGUUGAUCAAGAGACUGGGAAAUGGGCAGUUUGGGGAAGUAUGGAUGGGUACCUGGAAUGGAAACACAAAAGUAGCCAUAAAGACUCUUAAACCCGGCACAAUGUCCCCUGAAUCGUUUCUUGAAGAGGCACAGAUCAUGAAGAAGUUGAAGCAUGACAAACUGGUUCAGCUCUAUGCGGUGGUGUCUGAGGAGCCCAUCUACAUUGUCACCGAGUAUAUGAAUAAAGGAAGUUUACUCGAUUUCUUAAAAGAUGGAGAAGGAAGAGCUCUGAAGUUACCAAACCUUGUGGACAUGGCAGCACAGGUUGCUGCGGGAAUGGCGUAUAUCGAGCGCAUGAAUUAUAUCCACAGAGACCUGCGGUCAGCAAACAUUCUCGUGGGGAAUGGACUAAUUUGCAAGAUCGCCGACUUCGGAUUGGCCAGGUUGAUCGAAGACAAUGAGUACACAGCAAGACAAGGUGCAAAGUUCCCCAUUAAGUGGACAGCCCCCGAAGCAGCCCUGUACGGGAGGUUCACAAUCAAGUCUGACGUGUGGUCUUUUGGAAUCUUACUUACAGAGCUGGUCACCAAAGGAAGAGUUCCGUACCCAGGCAUGAACAACCGGGAGGUGCUGGAGCAAGUGGAGCGCGGCUACAGGAUGCCGUGUCCGCAGGACUGCCCCAUCUCCCUCCAUGAGCUCAUGAUCCACUGCUGGAAAAAGGACCCCGAAGAGCGGCCCACUUUCGAGUACUUGCAGGGCUUCCUGGAAGACUACUUCACCGCCACAGAGCCCCAGUAUCAGCCUGGUGAAAACCUGUAAGACCUGGGUCUGCAGAGAGAGGCCUGGUCCAAGAGGCUUCCCCGCCCCCUCCCCAUUAGCUUUCAAUUCCGUAGCCAGCUGCUCCGAGCAGAGCAGUGAGAACUGUCCAGGAUCAGAUUGCAUGUGACUCUGAAGCUGACGAACUUCCAUGGCCCUCAUUAAUGACACUUAUCCCCAAAUCCGAACCUCCUCUGUGAAGCAUACGAGACAGAACCUUGUUAUUUCUCAGACUUUGGAAAAUGCGUUGUAUCGAUGUUAUGUAACAGGCCAAACCUCUGUUCAGUGUAAAUAGUUAUUCCAGUGCCAACGAUCCUAGUGCUUUCCUUUUUUUAAAAUGCAAAUCCUAUGUGAUUUUAACUCUGUCUUCACCUGAUUCAACUAAAAAAAAAGUAUUAUUUUCCAAAAGUGGCCUCUUUGUCUAAAACAAUAAAAUUUUUUUUCAUGUUUUAACAAAAACCAACCGGGACAGGUGUUUGUUUUUUAUUCUUUUUUCUAAAUAUGAAUAUAUAUAAUAUAUACAUCCCUGUACAUACACCAUGUGGGUGCUAACGUGGAGACCGUGGCCGACGUGGGCCACAGAGCUUCGGGACCCAGAGUGAGGAUUUGACUGGAAAAUCAACACAAAAGCACCGGUGUUAUUCUGAAAACCAGUGGCCUCGUUCUUUGGCUUUUGCAAAACAUGAUUUGAUUUUUUUUUUUUUAAUUUGGAUUGCACUUUUUUGGUUCAUGACUGUGCUGUAGAUGGCUGUUACUUUGACUCUUUUCAGCAGCACCCCGCCCCCAGCUGAAUUCACAAGUUCUGUUUCCAGUAUUUGCUUCGACUUACUACGAUCUUGAAACUUAAAAGUGAGCCUCUUUAAAGCAAGCAAGUGGCCAAUACUACCAGGGGAACUAGAAGAUGGAUACCACACAAACUUCUUGUAUAAAACAUGAAUGCUGAAAUGUUUCCAACUUUUUUAAUUUAAUAAACCUUGUAACCACAUUUAAAUGGUCUAAAACCCAUAGCACUGUAGUCGUGGCAACCUGCUAAACUUUCUCAUUCAACUAACCCUUAUGGGAAGGUGAGGGUGGGAGGUCGUACAUUUCCCAUUGUAAAAUAAGUGUUUGAAUGUCCUGUACUGCUAAUGAAAUGACUUUCUCUAUGUCCAAGGGUCCUCCAGUGAAAUAACUAUGCACUACUUUACAUCUCAUGGGGAAGCACAAAAAAACGUAUUACAUUCUUAGUUGCUGUUUGUACCAACUUUGAAUUACAUAUGUUUAACAAGUCAAAAACCCUAUUUCUAUUGAGUUUUUAAUACUGAGUGGCAACUCUGAAGUCUUAAUUCCUUUUUUGUUACGAUUUCUUUGUGAGUUUACAUUUUUGAAUUGUUUAACUUUCUUAAUUUAGUAAUUAAAAAGACAGCAUUUUACAUUUGAA